AUGCGCAGCAACAACUACUCCGAGGGUUAUUCAGCUCGCGGUGGCCAGGUUCGCAGCGCCUACAACCUGACUGUCAACCCCGGCGGCAGCAGCUCGGGCAGCGCUGUGGGGGUUGGCUCGAACGCCAUCGCCUUCUCUCUUGGCACUGAGACCGAUGGCAGUGGUCGACCAGUCAUCAACCCCGCCAUGCGCAACUCUCUUGUUGGCUUCAAGCCCACUGUCGGGCUCACCUCCAGGGCUGGAGUCUAG